AUGACUCGUCACGCAACAGAAAACGCGCUUAUACUAGGCAUUUGGAUCGAUCGUUCGGAUGCUUCUGUUUUAUCGGGUCGCAAGGGAAUCAACGAAAAUAUUGGCCUUAUCACUUUAAACGAUAAAAGAACGUUCAAUGCGCUUUCAAGUCGAUUAAUACAGCAGCUGAAAUCAACUCUUAAAAGAUUUGAUGUUGAUAACAGUAUUGCGGCAAUAAUUCUAACAGGUUCAUCGAAGAGUGGGUCCGAGACAUUUAAAACUGGCACUUCGUCAACUGUCGAUGAAUUGAUGAAAGUAAAUAUUUUGUCAGCUUUUGGUACAUUAGACGAAAAGGCUUUCGUUUUAUUUAAACUGAUCCUGAUUCUCUUACACUUGUUGACACAUUGUUUAGCAUUAUUUGCAUUUCGUCUUAAGCAAAAAGGGCUUCAUUAUCAGCGUAUUCAAGGUGGUGCAUCAAUAAUGGAACUGUUGCAUUUAUCAUAUCCAGAUAUUUGCUAUGAUAAAACUUUUGAUGAUUUUAUGUAUAUUUUGCAAGUUCGAAAACCAAUUAUAGCAGCAGUCAAUGGAAUUGCUUAUGGUGGUGGUUUUGAACUGGCAAUGAUGUGUGACAUUAUUUAUGCUAGUGAAAAUGCCAGAUUUGCUCAACCUGAAAUCAAAAUUGGUUGUAUACCAGGAGCUGGUGCUACUCAGAGACUUUCUCGAACUGCGGGAAAAUCAUUCGCCAUGGAAUUCUGCCUUACCGCUCGUGAAAUGACAGCUUUAGAAGCUAAGCAGCGUAAAAUUAUUUCGAAGGUUUGUCGACCGGAUGAGGUCAUUAGUGAAGCUGUUGAUCUGGCGGAAAAAAUUGCAGAAAUAAAUCCAUUAUACAUUGCAAGAAUUAAGGAAAAUGCGAAUAAUGAAUCCAUACUUUUAUAA